GCUUAUGUUUACUGAACUGUACACAAAUUCUAUCCGUUCUUUGCUUUGAUCAUUCGAGUAAAAUAAGUUAAGCAUACUAGUGCAUUAAAAUAAACCCAUAGUGUGCGCCUUUAAUGACUUGCAUCCUUAAUACGCUCGCUUUAUAACGUAACAUAUAAUCCAGAUCUUGCCGGAAAUGGCUGAGUAAUUACGAUUAAGUUUAUACGGAAGUAUCUUAUUUGUGUUUUAUGCCGGCCAGUGAACGAUCGAUGCAUAUUAUUUCGGAUACCUUUUUAAAAUGCUGAUAAAAGAUGGCGGAAAAGAGAGUUUACGACAGCUCGGAGUUCCAUAACUGGUUGAAGCAAUGGAAGGCCGUCUUCAUUACGAGGAGAGCUCUCCUGCCUUCUGUCACGUUAGAGGCUAAACAUCUGCACAAAUACUUUCUUCAGAAAGCAUCGAAUGAGCAGACUUGUUCAUCAGACCACAGUCCUAUAUCGUAUCGGCUUCCAAUACCGUGUCGAUAUCAUGAAAAACUUCGGUAUGAAAUCAAUGCCAUUCACAAAAGAAAGAAACCUUCCUGGAGAAACGCUUCGACCGACACAUGGCGAGACUCUCCGUUUGCUGUUGCCAAGUUAUUCAUGCAGCCAGCAGGGUAUGAUGAUAAAUCUUCAUUUGAUGAAAUUGACUUUAACGGACUGGCGGCAUUCAUAUAUAACUGCGGGCGAUUCACACUCAUGGUUAGAACUCUAUCUGACGAGGCUCGGAAGUACGUUAACAAGAUCCGGUGCUCUGACAGACCAGGCCACCGUUGGGUGUAUAGACAGCAUGGUUGCAGUGCUUAACGAUCCAAGUUUCGAAGGAGAUCCAGAAGUGCUGGAAGCGAGGAAACAACUGGAAGAGUUAAGGACCGAAAUUGCAGAUCCCAACGCGGACUUGUUGAAAUUUAUUAUCGAGGAUAUUGCAAUCAGAGGCGUUCAAGAAAUUACCGAACUUGCUUCUGCAAAAGAAGAUGAAUGGAGUCAAAAAGCAAGUGAGAUAAAGGGUGCCAUUGAGAAACUCGGUGGUAUUUUGAUGUCCAGUUUAGGGGAACAAGGAGGGAGCGCCAUUUGCGAUAUAAAGACAACGUUUGAAAAUGCUCUUGCGCAGUUGGAUUCUAGCAUAGACAAUGCUAAGAAAAUAAUUAUUGAGACCACCGAAGAGGGCAUACUUAAACUGACCGCCAUUGGUCAGUCCGAGAGACUGGAACUCGAAGAAGCAACUCUACGUGGUUACCGUGAACUAGAAGAAACAACUUUUGAAGGAAGACAGGAAGUUGAUAGAACGACAGAUAGAGGAAAACAAACACUUGAAGAUUCAGUUACGGAGGGAAGAGACGAACUACUUGAAAUGACAAUGGUCGGAAAAUGUGAACUGAUGAAGACCUCUGAAAACAUAACAAGACAUCUGGAAGAUACAACUGCGGAUGGAAGAAACGAAAUACUAGAAACAGCAAUAGUGGGGAUAGGGGAGCUUAAAGACACCGUUGAGAGCGGAAAACACGAACUGAUGAAUAUGAUUGGCAAUACAAAACAAGACCGCAUGAAUGAACGGGAAGCUGAAAGAGAGUCUAAAUUAACAAAAGCAAAGUCAGAUUUACAGAAACAGUUAAUCAACCAUUACAAAGAGAAUUCUAUCAGAAUGAAAGUCCGAGUGGAUAUCGAUGCAGCUGUAGAAGACAUAUAUGAGACGCCUAAAUUGAUAUUGAAAAACCGGAAUACAAAAGGCGGUACAAUAAAAGAUACAAUUAUAUCAGAAAUUAACAAGAUAUUUCUGAGCGACGAUGGCACGAUGGCUAAAACAGUGUUCGUGGAGGGCGAAUCGGGCUCAGGCAAGUCCUCGCUUUGCAAAAAGAUUGUCGAUGACUGGUGCAAACUGAAGCAGGACGAAUAUGAUGCGACAAAGAAAGACAACCGGUUAAGCCAGUUCGAGUUCUUGUUCUACAUAAGGCUUCGAGAAGUUGAAGAUCAAUGCAAAAUCAAAGAUAUGAUAUUACAGUGUUUGAUUGAACGGAUUAAUUCAGACGAUAAAGAGUCUAAAGAAUUGUUAGCAGAUAUUUUGAAAUCAGAAUGUUGCCUUCUUCUGCUUGAUGGCUUAGACGAGUGGAAACAUUGUAGCAAAUGUAAGCGUGAUGAGCGAAUUCCUCAUGUUGAAACUGGUUGGAUGAAUUGCACAACAUUGAUAACAACACGACCAUACAAACUAGCGGAGAUGAAAGUAAGCCGCUCAAAGAUUAGCAACCAUGUGCAGUUGGAGGGCGUUCAUUCACCCGAGGAGCUCAUUCGAAGAAUACUCGUUGAGUUAGAGAAAGAUCAAGUAGAAACACGUGCACAUACCUGCGUUGAAUACUUGAAAAUGAAAGGUCUGUGGCAUUUCAGCGAGGUUCCAAUCGUGCUUGUUCACAUUACUUGGCUUUGGUAUAGAUACCAGCUAAAGGCAUACAUGUCAGUGGCUGAUGUUUACGAGAAAAUAAUAGGAGAAAGGUGGUGUGAAAUGAACGACAAGAAAAACAUACUGGACAACAAACUUCCAAAAGAAAUUCUUGAGUCUUUGAGUAAAUUAGCUUUCAAUCAACUAUUUUCAGAAAACGAAAAUGAAUCCAUUGUUUUUGGCAUUACAGAGGGUCAGUUAGAGAAUGAUUACAAACAACAGUCUCUUGAUUCUGGAAUCUUGUCCUGCAGUAGAGAAAUAGGUGAAAGAUCCGUGUCUUAUCACUUUUUACACAAAACGCUUCAAGAGUACUUGUCAGCAUUGUACUUAGCGAAAAGUGGAUCAGAUUUGCCCAAACUUUGUCAACACAUUCAGACAGUGUACGCACUUAACAGGAAAGAAGACGUACUCAGCUUGUCUCAGAUAUUUCUGUUUUUAUGCGGUCUGAAUAUAACUGCUGCUGAAGUGUUUUCGAAGACAUUAAAUGAGCUAUUUACUGCACAAUGUGAAGGAGGCGGUUAUUCAAAUGAGAAAGCAGUGAUAUUCCAAGACAUGAUACUGCGAGGCUACGAGGAGGCGGAGAGGGCUGAGAACACCGUGGCAGAGUUCUGCCUGCAACAUGUCGUCCUUGAUCAAAGGACACACAUCUCAGAUUCAUUUUGCAUCAGUCUAACAGCGAAACGAAAAAAGUCAAAGUUGAAAAUGUGCUUAGAGACAGGUGGGAGAAAAUCGAACAUUGUGUCAUUAUUUAUACGUGGAGAACGGGACCACUUUUCUGUGUUUCAAUCAAAGAAAGAUCCAACUCUUUUAGAUCUGGAGACUUGCAAAAACCUCAAGUUUGUUGUUUUAGAAACUAUUCCUCAUGAAGAUAUAAACCAAUUGAAUUGUAAUGGAUUAUUGGAUUGCACAAUAUCAUUCAGUAAGUACACACCAGCAAAUAAACUGAUAUAUUCUCUUCUGUCCUCAGAUUUAACACGCUUGAAAAAAUUCUCGUUGUGCAACUUUGGUUGGGAAUGUAAUGCCGAUGACAUUUUCUCUAAACUUAAUAAUGUUGAAAAACUAGCCUUAAUAUGGAGUAGAAAUCCAACAAAUGAUACACAAUUCAGCCUUGAGCACCUUCGACAUCUGAAAUACCUCAACCAACUCUCCUUAAAUGGACUUUCUUCUUCUGACGUUGUAAAUCUACAUUUGCACAAUCUUCAAAAGUUGAAAGUCAGGUUCAGAACAGAAAAAAGAGCACCACAGCUGAUGACGGCAUUACUAGAACAAAGCAACGAUUAUCUCAAUUCAAAUCUGAAUGGGCCACUUUCUACCUUAACUGAUGUUGAAUUGGAUAACAUGAUCAUGUCAGCAGAAGUUUUCGGACGCCUUGUUAGUAUGAUGAUACGAAUGGGACACUCUGUGAACUGUAAGUUAGACCGCUGUAGUAUAGAGCCUGAGGAGGACGCGAGGCAGGAGGAGGUGGAUAUGGAAAACCAGCCUGUCUUCCAAAUGAUGACUCAGUCGGCAUCACCCGAAUAUACCACAGACGUUACAUUAAGAAAUGUGACCAUGUCAGCAGGAGUAUUCAGGCGUGUCGUUAAUAUGGUGAUACAGUCUGGACACCCAGUGAACUGGGAAUUAUGGUUUUGUUCAAUAGAGCACAAGGAGGACGCGAGGCAUAUGACUAUGAAGAACCAACCCACUCUUCAGAUGGUGGCUCCAGACCUUGCAUCACUCGACUAUUCAACACACAUUACAUUAAGAAGCAUGACCAUGUCAGCAGGAGUGUUCAGACGCCUCGUAAGUAUGGUGGUACGUUCGGGACAUUCUGUGAACUGUGAAUUAUGGUUUUGUACAAUUGAACCAGAAGAGGACGAAAGGCAGCUGCAGGUGGACAUGGAAAACCAGCACGCCCUGCAGAUGGGGGCUCUACAGCCCGCAUCACCUGGCUUUACAACACACAUUUCAUUAUCAUGGAUGACCAUUUCGACAGGAGUGUUCAGACGUCUCAUUAGUAUGUUAGUACAGUCGCGACAUUCAAUAAACUGUACGUUUCGUGUAUGUAAAAUAACGACUGAGGAGGACGUGAGGCAGUUGGAGGGGGAAAUGAAGAACAAGUCAGCUCUCCAGGUUGUAGUUCCACAGUCCGCAUUGCCUGAAUAUACAACAUCCAUUAAAACAGAUGGGGUGACCAUGUCAGCAGAAACCUUCAGAUGUCUACUUAGUAUUGUGAUACACUCGGGACAUUCUGUGGACUGUCAGUUACAGAACUGUAAAAUUGAGCCUGAGGCGGAUGUGAAGCAGCUGCUGGAGGAGAUGGAGAACCAGCCCGCUCUCAAAGUUACGGAGCUCAUCGAUGAUAAAGUUUCCGAUUUCAAAAAAUGGCAUAUUGAGUUCAAAAUAAACGAAUAAAGGUUUCUACGCUUUGAAGACAGCUAAGGUGACGGCUCGACAGAAAAUUCGCAGGCAAUGAAUUUCAGUGAAAAAAGAUUUAAACAAUGGUAUUUUUAUAAGAACUAGAGUUACAUUCAAAUGUAAGAUAAGUGAUCUGGAUUGAUAUAGGACUGACACAUAUGAAUAGAUAUGUAUAUGUUUAUUGUCCAAAAAAGAAACCUGAUAUCGAAUAGACGGCCUUAAAAGACGAGUCAAUUUGUGGCUAUGUCAAAAAAGGUUGAUGGAAUUGUUGACAAUUUAUUUAUCCACGCGCGCUUGAUUACAGUGGGUUUGUACUUUUCUUACACGCGAAAUACUUAAAAUAUAUCAACUGGUACCCACCGUGUGCGGAAUACAAUAGCGAAUGUGUGGGUCCUUCAGCUGACGCAUUGUAAACAGUCGAAAAGAGAUUUGGAAAUCAUUCCAGUGAUAAUUUUUCACGAGCAUUGUGAACACAUUUAUUCGGAAAGUGAUGAAUAAAAUGGAAAGAAGUUAUAUAUAGUUAUAAAAAGUUGUUGUGCCAUCGUGACUAUGUAUAUAAUGAUAUCUGCGUGUUUUGAAAUGGUUUUUUUCCUAGGUCAAUUAUACUACACGUAUCAAUCACACAUUUUUAUAUUUUGCUUACAACAUGAUUAUUUCGUAGGUGGUAUUACCAACAUUGACUUUGAGCAUGCUCACAACUCAUUUAUUGUCAAUAAAAACAUAUUAUUUCCAAACAUUGAGCCACUGUGUACCGAAACAAACACUUAAUCCCUGUAUGUCUUGUGACUCAUACUGGCCCCAGUUUCUCGAAACUUCUUAUGUCUCUUAUUACAGGAUUAAGUUAAUCGCACUAUUUUUCUUUGUCUUUAAUUGGAGUAAUAUCAACUUCAAUAAGAGUUAUUAGACUUUAAAUAGGAAUUACUGUUAUGGUUAUCACAAUAAACCAUAUUUUAUUUCCCAAAAUCACAUUUAAGUAUGUGUUUUGUCUAACUUAAAUAAUGGACGAAAUGGCCUACGUAUUAAUCUUAAAAAGAUUCCUAAGUGUACUGCUGCUGUUUAUAGGUGUAUCUGUUUAUUUAUGCCUUGUACGAUAUUUUUAUUUUAAAUUACUGUAAAAAGAGUUGCAUUUCAUUGCAAACAUUUGCAUAAAUUGCAUGUUUAAAUGAUUUAAAAGGGACAUCAGACAUAGAAAAAACAGAUUUUCUAGUUUUUAUAUAUAGUAUGUAUGCACUGCGCUGCUCGUGGAGUUUUGUGCUGUUCUUCCAUAUUGCUUGUUUGUAAUUUUAUAUUCUAUGUCUUUUGCGUUUACCAAGUGCCAUUAGACCGGGUUUAUGUUUAAACGUUUUGCUACUGAGCUUGUUUCUGUAGCUUUUUGCAUAAAUAUGGGAACAAAAUUACAGUGUACACCAUCAUGAAAAGUUCAUAUAAUAGUUCUUUUAAUUUGUUAACAUGUAAUUAGAGUCGUGACAUAAAAUGCUUCAUUUUGCUGAAAAAACGUUAUUAGUGGUCAACAUUUUCUUUUGUCAAAUGAGAAAUCAGUUUUUCUCAAUUCUUCCAAUAAUUUUAUUUCAACAAAUGAGCAGUCAGCCAAUAUUGAUUUAAACAUGUAAAGCGAUACAAAACAGUGGCUUACCUAUUUCGUAGGCAGUUUACACAAGUAUAUACAAACCACUAAAAUGUUAAAGGUUGUAAGCCAUUACUUACAUAAAAUAAAUGGUUAUGCGCCAGCAUGGCAAAAAACA